GACAAGAAAGCAUAAGAACACUCAACAACGAUAAACCAUAUCUGACAACAGGCGGGGGAUCGAUCGGACAUAAAAGGAGACCCACAAAAAUUCAUGCCCUGAAUCAUAAAGAAUCAGCUCAAGGAAGGUGAGAAUCAGAAAAGCCAUGGAGGAGGAGAAGAGGCCCAUACUCCAAUUCGCACCGUUUCAGAGCGUGGUGGACGAGGGUUUCUGGCACCGGUUGUCUUCCCUCAAACUCAACGAACUUGGCAUCGACGAUUCCCCCAUUCCAAUCUCCGGUUUCUAUGCGCCCUGCUCGCACCCUCAAGUGUCGAAUCAUCUCACCCUUUUGUCGGAGUCUUUGCCUUCUGAAGCUAGCGAGAAAUCUUCCACUAGCCAUGGGAAUAGGAAUAGAUGCUGGGUUCCUGGAACGCUUUACAAUACUAACACCUUGGAAACAUACCAUGGUCUAGAUAAGCAGGCCUUGCUGAAAGCCGAAGCUAAGAAGAUUUGGGAUGACAUUCAUUCCGGAAAAGCUGUGGAGGAUAGUACCCUACUUUCUCGGUUUCUUCUCAUCUCAUACGCAGACCUAAAGAAGUGGAGCUUCCAUUAUUGGUUUGCCUUCCCUGCUCUGGUUCUCGAACCCGCUGCAACUUUAAAUGACAUUAAGCCUGCUUCGCAGUGGUUUAGCUCGAAGGAGGCAGAAUCCUUGUCUGCUGCUUGCAAUGAAUGGCGUCAAAUGACUGCAACUGCUGAUGUACCCUUCUUUUUGGUUAGUGUUAAAUCAGACUCGUCAGUCAGCCUAAGGCCACUGAAGGAUUGGGAAUUGUGCGACGGUGAUGGUCAACAGGUCUUUGUUGUUGGUUUUUACGACCCUUGUCACCUUCCCAAUAAUCCUGGCUGGCCUCUCCGCAACUUGCUUGCUCUUAUUGCAGCUCGAUGGAACAUCAACAAGGUCCGUUUUUUGUGCUACCGCGAGAACCGGGGUUUUGCAGAUCUCGGACUGUCCCUUGUUGGUGAAGCCCUAGUCUCUGUUCCCACAGGAUGGAGAGAUCAUGACUGUGUGCCCACCGCUGUGGGAUGGGAGCUCAACCGGAGCAAGAAAGGAUCCCGGUGCAUCAGCCUUGCGAAGACGAUGGAUCCCACGAGGUUGGUAGUAACUGCCGCAGAUUUGAACUUGAAGCUGAUGAGGUGGCGGGCCCUGCCGUCUCUUGAUUUAAAUGUUCUGUUCUCCGUGAAGUGUCUCCUGCUUGGAGCUGGUACUCUUGGGUGCCAGGUUGCACGCAUGCUCAUGGCUUGGGGUGUUAGGAAAAUCACCCUAGUUGAUAAUGGCAGAGUGGCUGUGUCUAAUCCGUUGAGGCAAUCAUUAUAUACGCUGGAUGACUGCUUGAAUGGUGGCGAAUAUAAGGCCAUUGCUGCUGUUAAGAGCCUCAAGCAGAUUUUCCCUGCUGUAGAAGCUGAAGCCGUGGUGAUGUCCAUACCAAUGCCCGGACAUCCAAUCUCGAGCCAGGAAGAAGAGAGUGUUCUGAAUGAUUGCAGGCGCCUGCAUGAUCUGAUCGAUUCCCAUGAUGUUGUCUUCUUGUUGACAGACACAAGGGAAAGUCGCUGGCUACCUACUGUUUUAUGUGCCACUUCCAACAAGAUUACAAUAACAGCAGCUUUAGGGUUUGAUAGCUUCUUGGUGAUGCGGCAUGGGGCGGGUCCAUUUAGCUUAUCCAUUAACAUGAGCAACUUAUCACUGUCGGAGAAUAAAGGAAAGCACAGACUGGGCUGUUACUUCUGCAAUGAUGUCGUUGCGCCAAUUGACUCGACUGCUAAUCGCACCCUUGACCAGCAAUGCACGGUUACUCGGCCGGGUUUGGCUCCUAUCGCUUCAGCACUCGCAGUUGAACUUUUAGUGGGAAUCCUACAUCAUCCUAAUGGGGCAUAUGCGGAAGCAGAACAUGCAAAUGUGAGUUUAAGUGCAAGCUAUGAGCGACCUCUUGGCAUUUUGCCCCAUCAGAUCCGAGGCUCCCUCCCGCAAUUCUCCCAGAUAACUCUCGUAGGACAUAGCUCAAAGAGUUGCACUGCUUGUUCCGAAACUGUGGUGUCAGAGUAUAGGAACAGGGGAAUGGAAUUUGUUCUUCAAGCAAUCAAUCAUCCAACCUACUUAGAGGAUCUGACCGGUCUAACAGAGCUGAUGAAGUCAGCAAACACUUUUGAUUUGGAUUGGGACAAAGAUGGAGAUGCUAUAGACGAUGAAGAUGAAUUUGUCGAAAUUUGAAAAACUUAUUUGCUUUGCCCUACCGUUUGGAUGCUGUGGGAAGUUUCUCUUGCAACUGUACAAAAAAUUUGAAGAACAAAAUGCUGUACUUUAAAUUAUAUGUUCAUUGAUAUGUGUCUAGGAAUUCCACUAUGUAUAGGUCUUUGAUGAGAAACAGAAAUUACCAAUGGGAAACUAUUCUGUAGUUUCAUGUUCAGUUUUGCGUUUUUACAGCCCGCGAUGGUGUGGACUUGCACCUGA